AUGGCUGAAGCGGACCAAGUCGACGAGAUUUCUGAGGAGGAUGUGGCAGGGCUCUCCUUGUGUUUACAGACGCUCCACCGGCAGCACGACGCCCUGCUGCAGCGCUUGGAUUUCCAGGACGACUUGCUCACCAAGUUGGCAGGAGGACAUGGCAGGCGACACUAUGGCCACCAGCCCCUGGAGCACUCCAGUCAAAUGAUAAGGCCUUUUCCUGAAUAUCCUGAAUCUAUCGCGGAAGAAGGAGAGCUGUCUAUCUCGCGGCCAGCCAGCUCGCAGCUGCGCCCGAGCGAGAGCCUCGCGGCCUUUCUCCGGCCGUUCAAGGCCAAGCUCUUCAAAAGUUACACAUACCAGGACAACAAGAUGAAGCGUGAAGCACGCAGCCGGGAAGUAGUCUCCAAACAGGCCGUGCCAGCAGAGCUCACAACCUCGCAGCGCUCGAAGCACUUGCUGCACUGCGUGAAUCACCCGGGCUUUGAUGUCUUUUACACCUUCGUGGUAGUGGCAAACGCAAUUUUCGUGGCUGUGGACGUGGAGCUGGGGCUGAGGGACCAGGAUGGUCCUUCACCUUGGAUGGAGGUGAUGCAGCUAAGCUUCACGAUUCUCUUUGGUGUGGAGCUUGCUUUGCGCUUGGGCACCGGGGGCGUGCGGCAGCUCUGGAGUGGGGAUUGGAUGUGGGUGUGGUUGGAUGUGACUAUUGUGGCGAGCUCCGUUUGGGAGACCAUGGUUCGCUUCUCGCUGGCGAACGACAGCGUGCAAAACAUCUCUGGCACAUCCAGCUUGAAAGCCUUCCGCCUGAUACGCGUCACCCGCAUGCUGAAGACAGUGCAACUGGUGCGAGUCUUUCGCUAUGUAAUAGCAUUGAGGACUCUGGUGCACUCAGUGGUGCACACUUUGAAGGCCCUCUUGUGGGCAAUGCUUCUCCUGCUGCUCAUCGUGUAUGUGUUCGCUGUUCUCUUCGCUCAGACGGUGCAUGACUACCAGCUCGACUCCAAUAACCCCCCCUUGCCUGAAAGAGAGUCGGAUGUGGCUCACCGAUAUUUCGGGUCGUUGCCCGAGACGAUGCUGGCUUUGUUUAUGAGCAUCGCCGGCGGGGUGAGCUGGGAAGAGCCCAUCUCCUGCUUGAAGCUGAUCUCAACUUAUUGGACAUUGCUCUUCGUUUUCUUCAUAGCGUUCACAACUUUUGCGGUCCUCAAUGUGCUGACUGCAGUGUUCUGUCAGAGUGCCAUUGAGGCUGCGCAGAAAGACCACACCACAGUAGUGCAGAACAUGUUGGACAACAAGGAGCACUGGAGCCAUCACUUUCGGCAUGUUCGAGGAGAAGAUGAGCUCCCCACAAGUGCGCGACUACUUCGACGUUUGCCAUCUUCGGAUUAUCGUCCCCGUCGAGAUGGCGGCGAGGGAGGCCAGUCCCUCUACGAAUGA